AUGCAGGCUGCUCCGAUGUCAAAACAUUUCAUCGCAUCGGGCGUCCAGCUCGCUACGAAUGUUUUGACUAGUCUCCUGUCCAGCAGCUGGGAAAUGGGAGAUAGCUUUUCUCCAGAGGGAAGCCAGGAUGAGGGAAGCAGCUCAUCUUCAGAGGACACUCAGUGGACCCCUUUGCAUUGGUCGAGAUCCAGCAUGCAGUCAGAGAUUAAGCGUCUUCAGACAUUUCGGCUCUGGCCAGCGAGCGUCCCUGUGGCUCCAACUGAUUUGGCAGCCGCUGGUUUUUAUUUUGUCGGUCCUGCGGACACCGUCCAGUGUUUCUGCUGUGGUGGGUUGUUGUACAAUUGGGUAGCUGAAGAGGAUCCUAUGGUAGAGCACAAGAAAUUCUUCCCAUCAUGUCUGUAUGUCCAGGACAAAAUUGUAGGAAAUAUCCAACAGAUGCCUUGGAGCGAAGAACACCAAGACUGUGUAGAUGGCCAAUUUCUUGGCAUGCUACAAAGUUUAAAUGUGGAGGAGAGCCCUGUAGGUGGUCAGCCAGAAUACCCAUAUAUGGAGACAGAAGGAGAUCGGUUGGUGUCGUUUGAGAAUUGGCCCUCUUAUUCUCCAGUGUCUCCCCGGUUGUUGGCCAGAGCAGGCUUCUUCUAUACAGGUCAACAAGAUUAUGUGCGGUGUUUCUACUGUGAUGGUGCGCUGAGGAACUGGGAAGAAGGGGACGAUCCCUGGAUAGAGCACGCCAGGUGGUUUCCAAGAUGUGCAUUUCUGCUCCAGUCCAGAGGGAGAGAUUUCAUAGAUCACACUCAACAAUCCAAUGUAAUGUUGGGAGGUAAGACCUAUUACCAUGAUGGUGAACCGAUGGCCCUCUCUGUGGACAGGCGAGCCAUCACCCAGCUAAGCUCCACUGCGGAUACGCGCCCACCUCCUACCGGCCAGCUGAUUUCUGCCGUGCAUGAAGAAAACUUGCAUUGGUCUGAAGACUAUUCUGAAAGCUCUCGUGAGUCUAUGGAAAGAGAACCUGAUCCUUGGAGAGUGAGAAGAGAGGCACAAGCAGAAAGCUCCCGUGAGCCAGAAUCCACCGCCAGCAUGGAAGAAAAACUACGCCGGCUUCAAGAGGAACGGAUGUGCAAAGUGUGCAUGGACAAAGAUGUGUCCAUUGUGCUGGUUCCUUGUGGCCACCUAGUGGUGUGCGCUGAAUGUGCUCCCAAUCUGAGGCGCUGCCCCAUCUGCAGAGGGGCCAUUCGGGACAGUAUGAAGGCCUUCUUGUCCUGACCU